AUGUCAGGUAAAAAGGAUGUGAGAAUGUCAUCGAAGCACUUGAACGCAAGUCCGAACACAGGACACAGCCGCUCCGUAGCGUAUAGUCAUGGUCCCUCUCCUGCUGGUGGUGUCUUGUCGUCUAAUGCCGGACCACAUUCCUCCGUGACUGGAAGGCAUGAUCCAGGCUACGCACAUGGUGUAUCGCCCCGGACAACAAAUGAUCCUUUCCAUCGGCCAGAUUCUUCAAGACCGAGCCAAGGCACUUUCGGAAACUUUGAUAAUUGGGCCACUUCUGCCGCAGCCUCCUCAGUACAGCUGUCUCCCACAGCGCCCCAACCCUUCGGACAAUAUCCACCCUACCACCAGAAACUUCCGACGGGUGUCGAAAAGCAGGGAGAGUACAGCCCUUCGAAAGAUUAUGAGAAUUCCAAGACGUGGGCUGCCCAGGCCCCUUAUGGCACUCCAAUGGAAUACCCAGUAAGGAACGCUCCAGCGCCUGGAAUCAAGCAUGUUGAGGAAUCCGUACAUGCAAAUAGGACUCCGUCUCCACCAUAUCAACUGGAUGCGGAAUAUCCCUCGUUUUUGGAUCACAUCGAUAGCACGUCAGCUUUGCCAUUGGAUGAUGCCAAGUAUGGACACAAAGCCAUUGACAAGCCUCAUCACUCCCAAAAGCGGACCAAUCGAGAUGAAUUUGACGGACCUAUACAAUUCUUGAAAAAGCCAAACAUGGCGAAAAUUGCCGCACAGGAUCGUGAACUACCCCAUGUCCCCAUUAGCCUGGAGCCUAACGAGCAGGACUAUGUGCUCCAUCAGGUGAAUAUUCAAUUGUCUCAAUGUGCUUUUGACUUCAUUGCCAAAUAUCAAUUUCCCAUACCAUUAGAGGAAAACAAACGCCCUGUACAAGUGGCCAGCGACAGAGAAUGGACCGAAUGGUGCUACCUACUCAAGAGAUUGGCCACUAAGCGGCGGAUCCCCGCCCGAGUGCUGUAUAAUGGCCAGAUCAAACAACUUGUUACUGUGCUGGACAAUUCUUUGGAAAUGAGGCAUGUGUCCGCUCACCAAUCCAGACCGCCAAAGGAUGAUAGAAACGUUCUUCAACUGAUUUCAGCUGGAACUCAAGUGGCCAAGAUACUCAAGAACGCCCACACCAUGGAAUACUUGGAUGAACUAUACCAACAGACUGAGCGACUCAUACAGGAACGAAGACAGUCAUCCACAGCUCUCCAUCAGAGCCCGUGGUCGAAUCAGGAAUUGCGCCUUGCCUUACUAAGCUGCAAGUCUGCCAGUAACGAGGCACAACGAGUUCCAGCAAAUCAUUUGGAUCUUCAGGGAUCUGACGAGGGUACAAGAUACUUCUAUCAUCACGGCGCUUCGAGGUUGAAGCGGAUCCAGUCGGCAGACUUCCAGGGCACUUUCCUAAGGGACCUUAAUCCCAUUCCAGGCUGGCUCGCGGGCCUCGCGGGCUAG